AUGAAUCAAAACAUGAAUUUAGGCUCCACUCAGAAACUAAUGGAAGACACGCAGGUUUUUGGGACCCAACUAAGACAACCUUAUAAGUUAGCUGGACAUUGCCAACAAGGUGGCCAUCUCUGUAAUGCAAAUCUGCCAUCUCAAAGUUUCCGCCCAUAUUCAUCUCAUUAUCCAGAUAUGCAUACAAAUUACAGCAGUGAUUGGGAAAUUUUUGAAGCGAUAAGAAUUCAGGAACUGCAAGAAGUCAAAGCCAGAGCUGCCCAAAUGGAGAAGACCAUGCACUGGUGGUCAGAUUGUACCGCUAACUGGAGGGAGAAAUGGAGCAAAGUUAGAGCAGAAAGAAAUAAAGCCCAAGAGGAAGCAAGACAAUUGAGAAUCAAAUUAGACAGUGUUGUAAAAGAACUGAGUAUGCUUAAAAAAAAAAUUCAAGAUUUAAUACGUGAGAAGGAAAACGUAGAAAAUGUAACUGCUUGGAAAACUGAAUUCAGUUGCUCAGAAAUGUCUUAUACUAAAAAAGAUGUAAACCAAUUAACAUUUCUGGAACAAGAACCUGAGAAAGAACUGAACAAAACCAACAAGAUUCCUGGGGCACAAGGCACAAAAAAGGAUGUAGAGGUAAUCAAAGUCCAAAGAAGUCACAUUAAAAAAAUCACUCCAAAGCCUCCUGAUUCCUUUCCCAAUGGAGUUCCCAACAUCUUUUUGGAGGAACCUAAAGAAAAUUUGGACAGUACAGCUAGGACAACAAAGAAUGAUUUAAUACAUGUUUCAGUCUUGCAUUUGCAUAUGGCUGAGAUGCAGAAAAUCUUACAGAAGGAAAGAGAAAUGAAUGUAUUUCUGGCAAAAGAAAUGGAAAAUAUAGAAAAUGAAUUAUUCCUGUGGAAAUGGAAAUAUGAAGAACUGAGAGAAACCAAGCUGGAAAGCCUGAAACAGCUGGAAAGACUACAGUUUGAGAAUACCUCUGAAUGGGGAGAGAGAUUUGAAGUAGAAAAGCAAAGUUUGGAAGAAGAAAACAGAAGAUUGAAGUUGCAGGUAAAAGAAAUUCAGGGACUUCUGGAGAUGAAAAAUAAAGCAACACUAACUAAAUCAAGUUGUGAUCAUCAAAAUGCACAAAGUAAGAGGCUGGUUAAAAAUAAGAGUAAAGAGGCAGAAGAAAAUGAAUUCAGGGUUUGGGACCAACCAAAGUUCUUUGCAUGUUGCUGGAGUUUCUACCAAGAUGGUGAAUGA